AUGACGCUUCUACAGUCCCUACUCCACCUAACCAACUUCAAGAGCCCCUUGCUACGGACUCUUGUUCCCGCCGUCUCUGCGGCUUAUGUCAUUCAGGCAGCAUUUGCUGUGCCGUCAAUACUCGCCCAGAAUGAACGCUUCUACGACUUCUCCGGCUCGCUUACUUACCUUUCCGUUACCGCUCUAAGCCUGUACCUGCCCGCCCUGCGUGCAAAGUACACGCCGACCCUUGCCAAUGCUUCGACAAUGCUGCCCGAUUUUCUUGCGCGUUUCACUAGCCCUGGAGCCACGGGAGCUCUGAACUGGAGACAGGUUGCCCUCAGUGGUGCCGUCAUCUUCUGGGCCAUCAGACUGGGGUCGUAUCUGUUCCAGCGCAUCUUGGAAGAAGGCAAAGACUCCCGCUUCGAUGAGAUAAAAAAGUCUCCGACCAGGUUUGCAGGUGCCUUCUUCGCCCAGGCCACAUGGGUCUCGCUCUGUCUCAUGCCCGUCAUUACUCUGAACGCCGUUCCCGCCUCCGCAUUCGCCGCUUUGCCGGCCGUCAAGGCCUCUGAUAUUCUUGGCUUACUCAUCUACGUAGCUGGUUUUGCGUUCGAGAUUACGGCGGACAGGCAGAAAAGUAGAUGGCUUCGGGAGAGACGUGAGAAGAUCCAUGAUGAGCAGUUCAUGACCGGAGGUCUAUGGAGCGUUAGCCAAUAUCCCAACUACUUCGGCGAGAUCUCUCUCUGGACCGGCAUCGCCACCGCGGCGGCCGGUAGCCUUCUUCUUAAGCCAAUUCAGGUGGCUCUUGGUCUAUCGGGCGGCGUUGUUGGACGGCUUACCGCAGUGUGCCUGUCUUAUGUGAGCCCGGCCUUCGUCAGUUUCCUGCUACUCAAGGUUUCCGGAGUGCCUCUUAGCGAGAAGAAGUACGAUAAGCGCUACGGCGACCGCAAGGACUACCAGGAGUGGAAGAAGAAUACUCCGAAGCUCUUCCCCAAGGUCUUUUGA